UAUUUCACGGCGCAAUUUAACCUUAAUAGUGAGACCUUAAAAAGAACUUGGAAGCUUAUCGGUUUGCUCAUAAACAGGAAAAAGGGUAGCACCCCGCCAGUAAUAACCAAAGUCAUCUAUAAUGGUGCUUCCUACACAAAUAGGAAGAAUAUUGCCCGUCAGUUUUAAAUACGCAUUUCAUAAAUGUUGGUAGUAAUCUUUCUGCAAAGCUCCCGCCGAGCGAUAUAAAUCAGACAGUUUUGCAUUUCGUGGAAUCUACGCACAUGAAGUUCAAGAUACGAUAA